AGGCGCACAUAUCGUUCAAAUUUUACGCUGUUAUUUAUAUACACGUGCUGUAACCUAUAAAUAUAAUUUAUCUAUUGUAUACUUGGUUGUAAAUUGCAAUAAUGUUUAAAAAAUCUCAAUUAUUUGAUGUAAAUAAAAAACCUGGUCAGCCAAAGAGACGAAAAAAAAUCACUCUUGUUUUUGAUGAGGAAAAACGACGAGAAUUUUUAGGAGGGUUUCGUAAAAGAAAAUUAGAACGAAAAAAGAAAGCUCAGGAACAGUUGCAAAAACAAUUAAAAGAAGAACGAAAAAAAAUUAAACAACAGGCACGAGAACGUUACAAGAAAUUAUUAUCACAUCGGAGUGUCCCAGAAUUAGAAGAAUUAUUAUCUAAGCAAGAAUAUGAUCUGGAGGGUCAUACAGUCAGUAUUUUGGAGUUAAAUGUUGCGGAUCUUGCAGAAGGAAGAUGGAUAGGUGAAAACAAGAUUGCGGAGAAGAAUGAAGAACAAGAUGAUGAAAGUGAACAUUCUAACAAUGAUGACGAUGACAUUGUGGGAAUGUCAUUAGAAGAGAAACAGAAGAAUUCAAUACAGCAGAAACCUGAAUCUGAUAGUCAACAGAUUAAAUCUUCGAAAGAAGUGAAACGGGAAAUAAAGAAAGCAACACUAAAGCAAAUUAAAAAGAGUAAGGUAUUUAAACAAAAGCAGAGACUGGAACAACAAAAAAACAAAAAACAGAGUAGAAAAAAAUUAUACAAUUCUCAGAAGGUACUAAAACAGGGUAAGCGAAGUAAAAAGAACUCAAGGCACUAGAAUAUUUGAAAAAUUUGCUGAAUAUAUUUUAAAUAAAUA